GUGUCGACUUUGCAGUAACUACGUUGAUUGUUUAGUGCGCGUUUGAGUAGAAAUUUUUGUACGGUUUAAGAAUUUCGCCAGAAAUUAUUAUUUUCAUAAUUGACUGAAAUUCAUUGCAAUUAAGAAUUUCAUAACAAGUGAAAAAGAAAAUUAUUAAUUCAUUAAAUAAAGUUCACUUGCAAAGGCUUCUUCAUCCAUACGUUUAUCCAUACGCAAAAAGAAUUCACAGUAUCUCUAAAAAACGCGCUUAAAAUUAAAGAGGUGAUAAAAUCGUGCGAAUACAAAGAAGACUGACAAAGAAAACAAAACACAAUUUAAUAACCCUUAAAAAGGAAAUUGAUCUCAUUUAAAAGCAAUAAGACAUACCGAAAGGAACUAUCAAAAAAGCACCAAAGAACUUUUGUUGACACACAAAUCUACAACAAAGAGGAGAGGAUUAAGAAGUACCAAUUACUGCAAAUCUCAAUUUAUUGUUCGUAUAAUGUUUAGCAGUCUUGCAUCGUUUCUUUUUGGAUCGACUACGCCUGCAACUACGAAUAGAGAAACGACACAAAAUCCGACUGGACAAGAGGGUACUGUUCAACAACAACAACAAUUAGCCGACGACGGAAACGUAGGCAUUGAAGCUGAUAAUCUAAUACGAGUUAGUUCAUCGACGCCUUCUGUAACUGGUGCGAACGUUGGACGUCAAGGUAAACGUGGCAAAAAUAAACGCAACAAGUAUAAUAAGCAGAAUAAAAAAGAAAACGGAGGUCAGAAUUCAACAACUAAAUUAACAAAAUUAUUAUCACCGAUUGAUAAUUUUGACGAAGACUUUAACGAAGACGAAUGGUUUAUUGUUGAAAAGGAAGAAGAGGAGGAAUCUCUUCCACGUACCGAUUCUGAAGAAGAGUUAUCAAUUGUUGACAUCAAACCAACAACAUCAACUGCAACAGUACCGGCAACAAAUUCUAAUACUAACCAUCAGCAACGACGACGUCAACAGUAUAUUAAUUCGCAUUCCUUGUACAGUGGACCACGGCCUCAACAGCAACGUAACUUACUGCAAAGAGCACGUAAUAGUGGCGCUCGUAACGGCGCCCUUAAUAUUUCAAGAUUAAGCCCGCCCAGAAGCAUUACAACCGGUACUGUUGCCGGUCAAAUAACAGCUGAUGUUGGUGUAACGCAAUCGCUACACGCGCAACCACCAACUUAUGAUGCGCACAAUACUAGCGGUAGUAGCAAUGGAAGUAGUAGCCUCAUGGAUGAAUCAUGGUUCGUGACACCACCACCAUGUUUUACUUCUAUCGGACCUGCCAACAUGGAGAUUUCUCCGUUUGAGAACUUAUUAAUUGAACAUCCUAGUAUGUCCGUUUAUCAUAGUAUUAGGUCUGCCCAAGAGGCUACCGAUAGUUUUGUAAAUCUUGAUCUCGGGGUAGGGGAAUCUCAACAACAGCAACUAAAUGCACAAAGAGCUGAGCCAGAAGACAAUAGAGCCACUCAACCUGUGCAAACCCAGCAGCAACGUUCUGCAAGUGCACGAUUUGACCGCUUUACUCAUGCUCAGUUAAAGCAGGAACUCUGCGCUCGUAGUGCUCAAAAACAAAAUAUUAAGAAGGAGCGUCAAAAUAUAUGCCGUGGUGCUAUUAAGCGCGCCAAUAAAGUACGCGAAGUUCAAAGCAAGGGAAAUCGUCAACGCCGAUCGGACAUGCAGGGCUAUCGCGUUAAUAGCGGUGCCAACAACAACCGCAAAUGCUGCUUCUAAGCUUAAAUUUAAAGUGAAAUUACAAUUAAUUAUGAUAUUGUAAUUAAUUAUUAUGAUUAAUUAUAAUAAUUGUAAUUAAUUAUAAUUAAUUAUGUUGAAGAGAUGACAAGAUAUAAGUAUCACCUUCCCCACCACCAACGUAAAUAAUUAUAAUAUAAACAUAACAACAAUCACAUUAUUUUAUAGUUAAAA